AUGACUCGUGACGAUCAGCCUCGCAGCACUGUAGAGCAACUGAUCAAACGCUUCCUCCCACAUGUCUGCCAGCGAUUCCUCCUCAGCCAAUCAGAAUCGUUUAACUUGGGCUACGUCACAAUCAGAGGCUUGUUUGGCGCGCUGAGCGGCGCAGUCAUGUUCCUGAUCAUCGCGCCUGGCCUCGCGCUGAACUUUGACCUCAAGUUGAUGACAGGGGCGAUAUUUACAGGCCUGUGCCUGGUAGGCGGGGCCUUGUCAUCAGCCUUCAGGUGCGCCAUCCUGCUGAUGUUUCCCAGCAUGCUCGGCUCCCGCGGACGCACCUUCAUCAUGCUGCUCAUUUUGUCGGCGCUCUAUACAGGUCCGGUGUCCAACAUCCAGCAUAACGUUGAGGCGGCAGCUACGUCUCUGUCUUGCAAUCUAGACCUUCAAGUCCAAAACGCCAAGUUGCUAUGGAAGGAUGCCGUAAAGCCGUUCAGGGAGGUGGCGCAGAGAGUCAUAGAGGGGGAAGAGCAGUUCAAGUCUGACACUGGCAACACCAGAGCUGUGUUUGACGCUAUCCGAAAAGAAGUCUUCGCUCAGGACGGAAAUGACAAGUCCCAGGCAAAAAAUACCAGCACGCAGGAACAAUUUACUUUGGGGACCCUGUCUCGAUGCGAAGGAGUGGUCAAGCAUGGCAUCCAGAGUUGUACUGACUGGUUCGAAAACAAGUAUAAGGAGUGUCUGAAUGCCAUCAACGUGCCCUACAUCAUGCACGCCCUCUGCUGGCCCAUGAAGUUCGAUUUCCUAUGUAACAUCAUGCAAGUGAUGACAGGCUGGUGCGAGGAGAACAUUCCCGUAGAGAAAAAUUUCGGUCAACUGUUCGAUAAACUCGACACUUCAGUCGAUCUUCUCCGCACGCAAUUCAGCAGCCAGCUCGUCGUCAAGGAGCGACAGAAUAAGUCGGCGUUGGAUGGACAACUUAUGGAAGGCGACUUCAAGCGUGAGAUCGAAACUACUAUCCAAAAGCUAACCGCUCGCACCAGUCAAGUCGUGGGAGUUCUGCGCCUCAUCAUGUCCUUCACCUUCAUCUCUAUGUUCACGCAGUCUCUCGGUUACGUGCGAAAAUUCCGAGGAGACCUGUACUUCGAUAACAUGUACGUCACGAAGUACUUCGGCAUCAUUGACCAACGCAGGAUGUCAUCGGGGAAACGGUAUUUGUUGCCCCUGACAAAGUCCGAAAGACGAAAAUUUGUCGACCCCUGGAGUCCUAAAAUACACCCAAAGGAACUCAGAGAAGUGGUGUCAAGCGUCUUUCAGGUGUUGUCCGCCAUUCUUCUGGCCGCGGUUCUGUUUACAGUGGACAUUUCUGUAUUUCGGGUUUUGGAUGUCGUUACCAAACACACGCACACCACUUUUAACUUUUCUAGCAGCCAGAAAGUGGACAUCCAAGUAGACGGAGACUCAAUGAUGGCCCGUCUCCUGAAGAAGUCCUUUGCCGCGUUCAACGUUUCCUCAAGUGUUCGCGUCAUGUCCGAUAACAAGGAUUGCCUGACUCCACCCACUUCCCUGGACGUGUCUGCGUACGGUUGGGUUGGCUGGUGCAUCCUGUUGGCGGCGCUCUUUAGCUGCCUUCAGAUUUACGCUAACCGCCUGCGGAGAGUCAUUGCUGCCUUCUGCUACCCGCGGAGGGAAAAAAAAAGAAUCUUGUUUUUGUACAAUCUCUCCCUGUACAGAAGAAUGUUGCACAAGCCCACGCACACAGAUCACGCCCGCAUACAGGUCCUCAAACUGAUGUCCAAUUAUGCAGAAUAUCAUUCGAAAGUGGUCGCGGUGUUCUCAACAAAAAUGUGUUUGUCCUCAGGCGUGGGCGUGGUUUUCUUGGCUGUGUCGGUGGCUGCGGUGCCUGUCGGUGUGUUUUUGUCAGCUGCGUCUGUGGCAGUGGUGCUGUUGGCCCUGUCAGUGGCAGAAGUGCCAGCCUGCGUGGUUUUCUCGACUGUGUCCGUGGCGACGGGAAAGGUCCAGCUCUGA